GUGAAUUUCACCGGAGUCCGACUUGAAACAAGAACCCAAAGAUUCUCCAAAGUUGCUUAGUACUAGUAUACUAUUGUUUCUAGUUGACCCUGAGUCGGAGCAUACAAAAACUCUUAGACGAGCUAGGUUAUAGUAAUUUCCUGUGAUUCCCCACGAAGAUCUCCCCUAUAGCCCCAGUACACCAUGUCCCAUCGGUCUUAUGAGGUGGUCAAAGGAUUCUUCGAGCAAGAAGUUGGCGCUGGUUACGGUCAAGGCAAGGUACUCCCUGCCCGAUUCGGGCUAAUAGACCCUUCCGAUAAUCGAUGGAGGACGUUCAAGCAACGGAUUGAUCAGCUUAAUACGUCCUCUCCCGUCGGCACGCAGUACAAGGUGUUUUUCGUGGGCAGACAUGGUGAAGGCUUUCACAACGUAGCCGAGGCGAAGUAUGGCACAGAGAAAUGGAACAGGUAUUGGUCAAAGAAAAGUGGGGACGGAGAAUUGAUCUGGGGACCGGAUCCAGAAUUGACGACGCUUGGCCAGGAGCAGGCGAAAGCAGCCCAUAACGCAUGGAAACAAGAACGUAAAUUUGAUAUUCCCCUUCCGGGGAAGCUGUACUGCAGUCCUCUCACACGAGCUAUCUAUACGAACAAGAUAACAUUCGACUCCAUUAUACCGGAAUCGCAGAGAACCGUGAUUAUCGAGAACCUUAGAGAAACACACGGCGUCCAUACCUGUGAUAAGCGUAGAACGCGCACUUAUAUCGAACGAACUUUCCCUGACUUUGACAUCGAAGAGGAGCUCGUGGAAGAAGACGAACUUUGGGACUCCCAAGUGAGGGAAACCCACGGCGAAAUCGAUGUCCGAAUGAGGGGCGUACUGGACAUGAUUUUUGACAAUGACCAGGAACAAUUCAUCUCUUUCACUGCCCAUGGGGGCAUUGUUAGUGCAGUGCUGCGAGUUGUGAACCACAGACAAUACAUUUUACCCACUGGAGGGGUUUUGCCGAUGGUUGUUAAGUCAUCUAUAUCUUAGGAUCGCUUGAGGAAGAUGUCACAAGGUGGUUGGAAAAGUGCUACUGAAUCGUACUCUGAGAUCGCUUUUGUGCUGCUGGAUCUGAAACACAUGUUCACACCGUCCACAGCUUACGUGUAUAUUUAGAUUGUACAAGCUUCCACGUGUGAUACCAUAUCCCUUCUCGCUAU